AUGCUGGCCUGUAUUCAGAGACGGCAGAACCUCUCAUCGCAGCAUCUGGCCUGCACACCUAAAAGCCUCGAUGUUCCACCACCGCCAUUACUGCUGCCAGUACUGCAGCCACGCACCCACAAAGGGGAGCCAGCCUCCAUGAUUUCUCGGUAUCCUUCUCCUGCAGAGUUGGAUGCUUUCGCCCAGAAGACCGCCAACAGCCCCCUGUCCAUCAAAAUCUUUCCAUCUGACGUCCGGGUGCCGCAACACAAACAGCUUAACAAAACAGUUAACGGUUUAGACACCACAGGCCAACGCUAUAGCCCCUAUUCACACCCGUACAACCAGGGCUUGUUGGCCGUCGUCCACACAUCUGUGGUGGUCAAAAGUGUGGUGAAAAACCAUGAGGGCAGAAGGACUAAACAUAUAAACACCCAGACUUCUGUGGCACCGUAUAAUAAUCCUCUGAAUAAUGGCUACACAGCCAGACAUGGGCAUAAGGUCUAUCAUAUAAGCUCAUGUAAGCGUCCUGAUGUACCCAUUGAGACACUUUGUUCUAGCGCUGGGAUGGCCUCUGGAGAUCAGAGCCUGGCCCCCCAGUCUGAGCUGGCAGAGGUUCAAAGCCUCAUGAGGGAGAUGAGCAGAGUUCCCCACAGCCAGGCCCUGCAGCUUGGGGGCGAAGCGCGAGCCAGCCCCUCGCUUCAGGCUGUGGCUGCUGUGGCACAUUCAGACUCUGACUUUGUUCUGGGGGUGCCGCCACAGAGCAGUCUGGCAUUCACCGGGGCAGUGCUGCCUACGCAGAGUGCAGAUGUAGCCAAAGCUGGGUACUUGGAGAAAGGAGACUACAGAUUGUGGCAGCACAAACAUCAAAUUCAGCCGCAACCCUAUCAGCAGGGAGCAGUGAGGAUGUACAGUGGUGCUCCGGGGCACAGAGCAGUCGAUACCGGGGUUGGCCAGUCUCCUGACACUGGCCUCCCUUUGGCGUGCUCUUCACAGCUUUCCUAUAGGCUGCAUCCCCCCAGUGUGGGCACGGGGCAGGAGCGAGUCAGCGGCUCCUCUGUGAACUGUGCCAGCAUGCAGGGGGAGUUCUCUGUUGGACAGUACUUUGCUCCUCUCUGGGACAGCGUCAUGGCCACCCCAAAUAGCGACUGUUAUACUUCUCAGGUGCUGGCAACGGGUACAUGUUCAGCCAGGCCUAGAGACCUGGGCCUCUCUCGUCUUCAUCCCCAUCUCCACCCUAACCGCCAUCAGCAACACCACCACCAACACCAACACCCACAGCAUCACCAGCCACAGCUCCACCCUCCUCCUCUUCCUCAUUCCCAGGUGUACAACGCAUGUGGGCUCCCCAAUCCUAGUCUGUGCCACGCUGCAGUACUGAGCAGCAGCCUGCAGUCUCUGGAGUGCCUCAUCAGUGAGAUCCACCCCCGCUGCAUCAAAGAGCACAUGCUGGGCCGUGGGUACGAAGCCAUGGGGAUGCCUCAGCUACUGGAGCACCACCAGCAAACCCACAUCCAGCUCCCCGUCUAUAGAUAA